AUGUGCCUGACCUUGUUGGAGUAUGUGCGCGGUAACUGCCUGCUGCCCAAAUGUCGCUUCCCCCACCCGCCCUUCAAGAUCCCGGAGGGCCUCCCCAAGCCCGCGGACCCCAUCGCCAACCCGCCGGCCGCGGCCGCCAAGCAGAAGGCGGCGGCCCAAGCAGCGGCGGCCGCUGCGGCCGCGGAGGGCUCCGGCACGAAGGAGCUGGCGAUAGUCACCUGGCUGGGCCACUGGCACUGCUCCUGCGGCCGGGUGCACAAGCUGUGGGAUUCGUGCCGGGGCGCGUCGGCGGCGCCCAAGGCGGCGCCUGGCGAGACGCCCAAGGCGGCGCUCGGCGAGGCGCCGUCGGGGGGCCCAGUUCCGGCGGCGAAGCGGACUGCCAGCGUCUCCUACGCCUCCUUGCUGCGACCGGAGGCCGCAGACCCGGAGCCGGCGGCGCUGUCGCCCCUGCCCGACGCCGCACCUGCAGCGACGCUCCCUGGAAACGGGGCGGCCGGUGCAGCCGGCCGCCAGGCGUCAAGCGGCGGCGCCGGCGCAGCAGCGGCCGACACGCUGACGCUGGAGGAGUCGCAGCGACGGGCGGACCUCUUCAACGCCGCGGUGGACCACUACAUCCAGACGAGCAUGGACGGGAGGCCGCAGCUGGAGAUUGAGGCCGCCGCCAAGAUCGGGCUGGACGGCGGGCCGCUGUACUACCGCUGUGCCUCGUGCUCCACCGCCGUCUCCGAGGCGCGGCGGCAGAUCAUCUGGUGCCCCGGCUGCAAGGCGACGCCAUUCUGCAGCGGGGACUGCCACCGCCGGCUCUACCCCUCGCACCGCGGCGUGUGCGGCUUCUGGCCGCGGCCCCUGCUUCCCAGCCAGGUCGCGCUGCGCAUGGGCCUGGAGGCGCACAUGGUGCGAGGGCUGUCGGGCGGGGCGCUGCAGGGCGCGGUGCUGCGGCAGAUGCAGGCGGUGCAGCGCAGCUACCAGGCGGCCGCCGUCGCGGCCGCCGCAGCCACGGGCGUGGUGGGCGAGUGA